AUGGCAACUGUGCGAUCAGUGCGUUUCAGCGAUGAUCCACCAACCAUUUCAUCGGUAUCGAAUACGACCAACGAGCAGAGUGGAUUAACAUCAAUUCUGCUAUAUCCACCAAGAAUCUAUGAUGAUGCUUUGUAUAAUCCUUACGAUAUCUAUACGGCUGCGAGCAUUGGUGAUGCUGAGAUUAUUGAGGCUCAGUUACGAUCCGGUUUCGAUGCGAAUCGUAUGAAUCGAUGUGGUUGGAAUGCGUUAAUGUAUGCGGCGUAUUUGGGCCACGAGUCAGUUUGUGCAACACUCUUGAAUUAUGGUGCUCAGGUUGAUCUGGUGAAUGCACAAGGACAAUCCGCGCUGAUGUUGGCUUCGCAAUGCGGCAAUCUUGCUGUUGUACGCUGUUUGCUAUUGUUAACUACAAACAUUUUUCAUAAAUUGACAUCAAUUGCCGCGAGUCUUGAAUCGUCAGUACGAUUACUACUUCGUAAAGGAGCUCAAGUGGAUAAACAGGAUAAUUGCGGAGCAACAGCGUUGGCACAUGCGUGUUCAUGUUCGCAAAGUACCACAGCCGAGAUAUUGCUCGGAGCGGGCGCUAAUCCAAACAUUCCCGAUGCUAAUGGCAUGACCCCGACCCUAAUCGCUUGCUCAACUGGUCAUGAGCUGACCCUACUCGCUGUUUUGCAAUACGAUGGCGAUGUGAAAAUGUGCAAUAUAAAAGGUGAAGAUGGUGAAGCAUUGGCGUUCGAAUAUCCGAAAGCUCUUUCAAUCAUUCGAGAGCCACCUUCGAACAGAAAGAAUGAAAUGAAAAAAGGCUCAGAUGAGAUCACCUCGCUUGCCGGAUUGCUAUCUCGCUUGAAACUCGACAAAUACAUCAGCAUAUUUGACGCUCAGAAUAUCGAUUUGAAGUCGUUCUUGUUGUUGAAUGAUGCGAAACUUAUUGAAAUGGGUGUCAAGGCUUUCGGCCCGAGGAAGAAAAUGUUGAAUGCGAUAAGUCGCUAUCAUGCAGAUGGUUCAUUCCUGGCCAGUGUUGAACGGGACAGUGUCGGCUCGAUUCGCUCCAGAGGAUCCACCGAUCUGAGCUCUGAGCAGGUGACAAAUGAGCUGAUGCAAUGCCAACAGCAGUUAGCUGAAUGCCAACAAGAUUUACGAAAAACGAAAAAACUAUUGAGUGAGCAGACGAAAGUUCUAUCCGCCAUCUCAGAAGCUGGGAAACAAACACGAAAAAUUGCAAAUACCAUGUUAGAGGAGAUACGACACGAUCAAUCGAAUGCACACUUCGAGAAAUAUGUUUCCUCGAUAAUACGAAAUAUCGACGAAAUGUCUAUGAAAAUGCUCGAAUUGCCGCGUCUUUGA